CUGGUCGUCAAGGUUACCGAACAGUCCUUUAAAAUUUAUGAUAUUUUAGCGAACCAGUUCUUCGCAGACGAGCAUAUGUUAUGACGAUCACACUAGAAUUUUUUAUUAUGUAAACUUUCCGAACUAUACUGGAUAAUUUAUCGACAUAAUUGCCUAUUUUGUGUUUCUUGUCCAAAAUAACUGAAGCAGACUCUAUAUCAAAGCUCAAAGAAGAACAAGGAAAAAGAUUCAUCAAGUUCAAGUUGUGUGAUUCCACAAGACUGAACACGACAUACAUCGAAAGAAAAUAUUAGCCUUUUUGCUUUAAAAUGGUUGCUUUUUCCGAUACGAGGGACUUUUACGUUUUGAUAAAGCCUUGGAGAAUCUUAUCUGACAGAGGGCUGACAGGCUCCUUUGUCGCUGUGUUUGCCUUAGCAAUCUUCAAUGAAUGCCUCAAAUACUACAACGCGUACAGGACCUACAACCCACUACAGACCAACAGAAACGCUAUAACUACUAACGAAAGGAUGAGAUUCCUGGCAACGGCGACAUCCUCGUACAUGGUUCAAAAUACCCUGUCUUUUUUCAUAAUGCUCGUGGCCAUGACAUACAACGUAUGGUUGUUCGUGGCGAUAGUGCUGGGCCAGAGUGCGGCAUACUUAGUAUUCGUACCUUUACUAGAACGUUAUAUGUACAAAAAAUACCGCAAAAAUAUGCUGAAUCGACAUUACGAGCCAGUAACAGCAACAUGACAGAAUGAGAAGAAUUGUUAGCGAUUGACUCAAGGGCGCGGGAUCCAGGAUUUUUUUAAGGGGGGAGGGGGGGUCCCUACACUCAAAAAGUGACGUCAUUUUGAACGUCAUACAUAGGAACAGAAGCAGGUCUUUGUUCCCUAACUAAACAAACUAAAGCAUUUAAAGAAAAUACAGAUUCACAAA